AUGAACCUUAAAGUAAAGGCUUUUCUUUGUCCACAGACCUUUCGUCAUGGAUUCCCCUUCUCUCCGACGGCGCUGGCCUGGGACCCCAUACAAAAGCUCCUUGCUAUUGGCGACAAGAGCGGAAACCUUAGGAUUCUGGGUGGGCCCGGGGUGGAUGCGCACGUUCGUCACGACUCCGGGGACGUUGUUCUUCACGCCAAGUUCCUAGUCAACGACGGCGGUCUUGUGACCGCCACCGCCGACGACCAGCUACAUCUAUGGACAUUUCGGCAAAAAUCCCCACAGCGCGUACAAUCGCUCAAAUUUCAAAGAGAACGGAUAACCUGUCUACAUCUUCCGUUGUCUUCAAAAUGGAUGCAUGUUGGCACAGAACGAGGGAACGUGCAUGUCGUCAACAUCGAGACGUUUGCCCUCAGCGGCUACGUUAUAAACUGGAAUAAAGCAAUCGAAGUAACUCGACCUAAUCAUCCCGGGGCGGUAGUAGAAAUUAUAGACAAUCCAUUAGACGCUAGCAAGUUGCUGAUAGCGUUCGAAAGCGGGUUAAUAGUGGUUUGGGAUCUGCGGGCGCGUGCAGCAGAGUGGCGUGGCCACAUAGGCUCAGGUAUGCCGGGGGAUGCUAUCCGCGCAGCUGCUUGGCAUCAUGACGGCAAACUCAUGACGGCGCACGCUGAUGGCGCCCUCGCCACUUGGACUGUACGAGCUCCCAGACCUAUCUCGCUAUCUUACCCACAUGCAAAAGCUAACAAAGAAGGUAAACUAGAAGCUUGUAAACCUAUACACAGGUUGGAAUGGAAAACUUCGAAGACGGGCGAGACUCUGGUGAUAUUUUCGGGCGGGCUACCAACGGACAAAGCGGGCCGGACACACAGCAUUACGGUUUUAAAUGGCAAAUCAACCACAGUACUAGAGAUGGAGCACAGCGUUGUUGACUUCGUCACUCUCUGUGAAAGCCCACACGCCGCCGAAUACCAGGAGCCGUAUGCGAUAGUCGUGCUCCUGCAGAACGACUUGGUAGUAAUUGACCUUCAAUCGCCGGGAUAUCCCUGCUUCGAGAAUCCUUAUCCAAUGGACAUUCACGAGUCCCCUGUCACCUGCUGCUCAUAUUUCGCUGACUGCCCCUCGGACCUGAUCCCAGCAUUCUAUUCGGUUGGCCGUCAAGGCAAUAAGAAGCCAGCUGGCUUCAGCGAAAAAUUGUGGCCUGUCGACGGUGGUGAAUGGUCACCGGCGUCUUGUUCCUACAGCGAGAUCAUACUCACUGGACACGCAGACGGCAGUGUAAAAUUUUGGGAUGCGAGCGCGGGGACUUUACAAAUAUUAUAUAAAUUAAAAUGUGCUAAGGUAUUUGAAAGACGGGCAGGCAGCGCGGGUAGCGCGAGCAGCAUGGGCGGGAAUGAGGAGGACAGCCCGUUGGGCAUCCAGCAGGUGGCACUCUGUGCGGAGUCCCGGCGAUUAUGUGUGGCACUGCCUCACGGCCAUGUUCUUCUCUUCAAAUUCCGUAAACAAGAACUUACCGCGCAGACGCAUGUGUUGGAGAUCCCUAUAAUUAGUGAUGCGACAGAAGAGGAGACGUCUCCGGAGGGGGAAGGGGCCCGCGGGGCUGGAGCCCGUGACGAUCACGACACACCAAGGUCGGCCUGGGGCAGCGUCCGCGUGCGUGGUGCAUCAGGCACGGGCGGGUCAAGACGUGCGGCUGGGUUCCAGGCCACCCUCGUGGCCUUGCAGCAGGGCCCACCUAACCCAGUCGCUGCACUCACAAUCAACUCCUCCUACGGACUAAUAGCUUGGGGCGGCGAGCGAGGCGUGGUGGUAGUGGACAUGUGGCGCCGCGCAGUGGUAGCAGCGUUGCCUGCACACAGCCUGUACUUGCCCGAACCCAGCCUACGACCCGACAGGCAAGACCGACACGACCGCCGCUCGCCCGACCUCGACCAGCUGGAAGAGGCGCCGGCCAGCCCGGAGCCAGACGAGGAGACUCUGCCCGAACCCAAACUCGACGCCAGGCGAAAAUCCACGCCCUGGAAAACAUUUAAUCUCAAGAGACAGCUUUCUAAAGUCGAUCUUAAGCUUAAAGCUGCAUUCGCCCCCGUCGACAGCGAUGAAACCACCGAAAAGAGUAACUCGCAGUUUUAUACUGAACCUCCGGAGAAAGCAGAGAGUGCUCAAGAAAGUAAUGAUUCGCCGGAUGAAGAAUCCAAUGAAAAACUGUCAGAGGAAGAUAAAAGUCAAUUACCGUCCCCGCUGCGCGUUUGUUCAGAUGUAUUCGAGAGAAUGCACCGAGAGUUACAAGAAAAAAGGUCGUCCGACGUCUACGACAGAAUGCAUAAAGAGUUACAAGAACGAUGGCAAGAUAAAGAUCGGCUCGAGUCUUCCCCUGAUGUGUCUCCGUCGAAAUUGGGAGACGACGAUAAAGCUGUCCGACCAGAUAACCUUCCGUUAUUCGAUGACGAGGGAAAACCUACGCGACCGCCUCGACAAAAAAGUAAAAAGAAAGAUGAUAGAGAUCAUAGAGAGCAAAGAUUGUUGUCAGUGCCGAACAUAAAAUAUAACAGGCAAGAAUCGGUGAAAGACCUGCGAAAGAGACAAGCGAGCCAGCCGGCGCAGUCGUUCGCGGGAAACCUCAUGCGACGCUUCAGUAAGUAA